UGAAGUGACGCAUAAAACCCUCAGCUGUUUUUGUUAUGUAGCCUACUGUUGUCUGUGUGGUGAAGUUAAUAACACUAUAAUAACAACGUCGUCCUACGAAAGUGAAAGGAUACCGGCGAUACUGUGAGCCCCAUUAGAGUUCCACGCUGCGUGGCAGUUUGUCUUAUUAAUGACAGUUGAUAUAUCUUUAGCUUUCCCCUCUCUGAAGUCAUUGCGCGUGGCGCUUUCGCUUCUGGGGAGAGGAGUGGGUCUUCUGGGAUAAUCGAUUCGGACCCAAGUCUCUCAACAAGGGAAGCGCGAAGUUAAGAAAACUGGUGGACGAUAUGGAGACAAGAGAGACAUCAGACGGUCCGGAAGGGCCUCAAGGCUUGAUCUGUGCCUCGUUUAACCAGGACACCACGUCCUUGUCUGUGGGCACCAAAGCUGGCUACAGGCUCUUCUCUGUCACUUCUGUGGAGAAGAUGGACUGCAUCCACGAGGGAGCGGAGUGUCCAGACGUGUACAUCGUGGAGCGCCUGUUCUCCAGCAGUCUGGUGGUGGUGGUCAGUCUCUCCAUGCCCCGCAGGAUGAACGUCUACCACUUCAAGAAGGGGACGGAGAUCUGCAACUACAGCUACUCCAACAACAUCCUCUCAGUCCGCCUCAACAGACAGAGGUUGGUGGUGUGUCUUGAGGAGUCUGUUUACAUCCACAACAUCAAAGACAUGAAGCUGCUCAAAACACUGCUCAACACCCCUUCCAACCCAACAGGUCUGUGCGCCCUGUCAGUCAACCAUGGUAACUCCUACCUGGCAUACCCUGGCAGUGCCACCGUAGGAGAGAUCAUUGUGUACGAUGCCAACAAUCUGAGCACGAUGACGAUGAUCCCCGCCCAUGACAGCCCGCUGGCAGCCCUCACCUUCAACGCCUCAGGAACCAAACUGGCCAGUGCAUCUGAGAGGGGAACAGUCAUCCGAGUGUUCACCAUCCCAGAGGGACAGAGACUGUUUGAGUUCCGCAGAGGCAUGAAAAGGUAUGUGAGCAUCAGCUCAUUGUCCUUCAGUGCUGACGCCCAGUUCCUCUGUGCCUCAAGCAACACAGAGACCGUUCACAUCUUCAAACUGGAAGUACACAGCCCUAGCCGGGAAGAGGAGUCUCCCACAUGGUCUGCAUACGUGGGCAAGAUGUUCUCUGCUGCCAGCACCUACCUGCCAACCCAGGUGUCAGACAUGAUGCAUCAGGACCGGGCCUUCGCCACCGUCAGGCUCAACAUGUUCGGUCUGAAGAACGUCUGUGCCCUCGCCACGGUCCAGAAGCUGCCUCGGCUGCUGGUGGCCUCCUCCGACGGACACCUGUACAUCUACAACGUGGACCCUCAGGACGGAGGGGAGUGUGUGCUGGUCAGGAAACACAGACUGUUUGAGACCGGUGAGGAGCCAGUCGAGCCUGAAGAAGAGGCGGAGUCAGAGGAAGGACUGCCCCAGCCACCCAACCAAUCGUAUGCUGCCACUGUCGCCCUCUCCUCAACUCCGCCCUCCUCCUCUGCUCUCACAGGCUACUCGGAAGAUGGGGGGGCCCAGAAGGGUGAUGUCAUCCCAGAGCAUGAGUUUGCUGAAGCACCUGUCUGUCUGGACGACGAGAACGAGUUUCCACCAGUCAGCAACCAGAGCAACUGACCCCCGCCUCCCCACCCCCUGAAACCAAUCAGACCGUCUCCAGGCAGGAGAGAAGUGUUAAAACAUCCCAGGUCCCACCCCUAGGACCCCUGUGAGCCAGUCAGAUGCAAGAGAAAGCCAGACUACCAAUAGAA